CUCCCACCCGGGGCCGAGGAGCGGAAGCGGCCGCCUUCCUUCCUUCCUUCCUGCCCUUCUCGCGCGCGCGCGGCCUGCCGGGAAGCAAGAUGGCGGCCUGCAGGCCAGCUGCCGGCGCCUGAGUCGCCGCGGGCCCCUCCGCCAUGCUGGCCCUCCGGCGGCUGGGGCCAGCCCCGGGCCGCCUCCCCGCGCGCCCUCCUGCCGCCGCCGCCGCCCUCCACGGCCCGGGCCUGCGGGCGCUGCUGGAGCGCUGGCGGGCGCGGCGUCCUGCUCCCUCGCCCGGUGUGGCGGCGGCGGCGGCGGCGGCGGCCCCGAGGAGAGCCGGCCCGCCCGGCGACGCCGCCCUGCAGGCCCUCUUCAGCUCGCCGCCCUUCUGCCACCGCCGCCCGGCCCGCUUCGCCCGCGCCUUGGCCGGCUGGCUGCCCGGCGCGGUCGAGGGCCUGAGCCCGGCCACCCUGGCCCUGAUCGCCCAGUACGUGGCGCGCCACCGCCUCCGCCAGCCGCCCCUGCUCGACGCCAUCGCCGCCUUCUUGCUGCCCAGGGCCCCCCGGCUCCACCCCAAGGUGAUCCAGAAGCUGGUCUUCCCCUUCAGCCGCACAAACUACCGGCCCUGCAACCACGCGGAGCUCUUCCCUCAGCUGGAGUCGGUGCUGCUGCAGAAGGCGGCCACCUCGCCCCUGGCCACCACCAACAUCCUCAUGUCUCUGUUCCAGCUGCGCCACUUCCCCCUGGCAGUCCUACACCAGGUCUUCUCUCCAGGCUUCCUUGACAACGUCACCAGUAGCCCCUGUGGGUUGAUUGUGCGCCGCUACCUUUCCCUUCUGGAUGUGGCCGUGGCCUUGGAGGUCCAUGAAUAUGAUGGGCCCCGCCUUGAUCCCCGAUUCCGUGUCUGCAUGUUUGAUGGUGCUCUUACUGCAGACAAGGUCAACAACAAGUACAGCUGUAAAGGCCUGGUAGCAGAGGCUCUGUGGCAGCUUGUGGGAGAAGAAGGCUAUCGGCAGGAUGAAGUGCUGCCCCCGGGGUAUUGCACAGAUUUCUUGCUCCAGUUCUCUCAUUCCGGUGCUCUACUCCCACGAUCGUCCUGGGCUGGAGCCCCCCUUGAAGCCCUCCAGACCCUGACUGGACGCCCUGUGCUGGAAACACGGAGGGAGCCGCUCUCCAGGCCGCAGGGGCUGGACAGCCGUCCCUUGGCAGGAAGACGCUUUUUGCCAGAGGAGAGCUUGCACUCAUGGGCCCCCCAGGGUGGUGGGUGGAGUCAGGGGGAGGAGCCCCACACAGCUGUUCUGAACAGUUCUCUGGCUGCGUCUCUGUGUGGCACAGCAGAAUCAGCCACCCGCUUCCGUCCCCCCACCCUGGGCACGGAGCCCCAGCAGCCCCUGCCAGCACCAGCAACCUCCCCAGAAGCAGCGCCGGACGGGACGCAGAAGGCUGAGGCGAUCCACAGAGUGGUGCUGUCUGUUAACGACGAAUGGCAUUAUUGCCAGAACUCAGCUGUGCUGGUGGGCUCUCGAGCGAUGCGUGAUCGGCACCUCCGCCUGUUAGGCUACAACCUGGUGCAGGCUGAGGUAGGCUUAGUUCUGAGAAUUGUUCUGGAGGAGAGGAAACUUCACUGCCGGCCUCGGCCUUCUCCUUCAAUGCAGUUACCCUACAUGGACCUGCAGCGGGUGAGCGGCGUGGAGGGGGUCAAGCGGUACCUGAGCCAGAAGCUAAGAGGCCUGUGGAUCCAGGCAUGAACUUGUGGAGGAGGAGGAGGCUACUGUUGCAGAAGGGGAUGGAGGGAUGGCUGGACAGCAGAAGGCUCAGCGGCCACAGUUCAUGCAGGGGGGCACCUCCCUCCCUGGUGGGCAAGGAGGCCAGAACAGGUCAAGGGGAGAGAAGGAAAUGUGCAAUAAAGUGGAAAGUGGGGAAACUCA